GCCUCGGCGCGAGCCCCUCCUUCACCGCCGCACGCCGCUCCAUCGGCGGCGGCGAAGGGCCGUGGCGGUGUGCGUCAUCGUGGAGAAGGACACCACGGGAGGAGGCUCGUUUAGGAACGACAACGACGACGACGACGUCGACGACGAAGGAGGAGGAGGAGGAAAAGAAGCCACGAGCAACCGAUCGAGUAUCGAGGAUUCGGAAGCGGAGAGGAGAAUCGCGGAGAGGGUCGCGCGGAAGAGGUCGGAGAGGAGGACGUACCUAAUGGCGGCGGUGAUGUCGAGCUUGGGGAUCACAUCCAUGGCGGUCGCCGCCGUGUACUACCGCUUCGCGUGGCAAAUGGAGCGAGCCAAAUAUUUAUUUAGAAGGAAAAAAAAAAGGGAAAAAAANCUCACGGAAAUGUUCGGAACCUUCGCGCUCUCCGUGGGCGCAGCGGUGGGAAUGGAGUUUUGGGCGCGGUGGGCGCACCGGGCGCUGUGGCACGCGUCGCUCUGGCACAUGCACGAGUCGCACCACCGCCCCCGCGACGGCCCCUUCGAGCUCAACGACGUCUUCGCCAUCAUCAACGCCGUCCCCGCCAUCUCCCUCCUCGCCUUCGGCUUCUUCCACCGCGGCCUCGUCCCCGGCCUCUGCUUCGGCGCCGGUCUGGGGAUUACCUUGUUCGGGAUGGCCUACAUGUUCGUACACGACGGGCUGGUCCACCGGCGUUUCCCCGUGGGCCCCAUCGCCAACGUGCCCUACUUCCGGAGGGUCGCCGCCGCCCACCAGAUCCAUCACAUGGAUAAAUUCAAGGGAGUGCCAUAUGGGCUGUUCCUGGGACCAAAGGAGCUGGAGGAGGUGGGUGGCCUAGAGGAGCUAGAGAAGGAAAUCAACAGGAGGAUUAAGAGGAAUUAGUUUUGAGCGGCUGGUCAUUUAUUAAUUUUCUGCUUUAAUUUAAGAUAAUUGCGAUCUAUUUUACUUCUUGGUUUGAAAAAAAAAAAAAAAGAAAAAGAGGGCAGUGGAUUUCGCCUCUGGAUUAUAUUCAUGCCUGUGCAGGUGUAUUUGUUAUGUGAGAUUUGUCGAUAGCGAGGGGAGAGGAUGUAAGAAAACAGCUAAGAAGUAAAGAUAGGUUUUGUGAAUUAUUAUUAUUGUAUUAAAGCAUCUUUGUGCA